UAAAUUGAAUUCAUUGUCAUGUCAUCCGAAUUUUUUGAUUCGAUAUGUAAUUAAUGAUGCUUUAAUAGCUGGAGAGGGAGAGGGAGGUGCUCUGAUCAAUUUGUCUGGAUUUCAAGUUUCGGAAAAAGUUCAAAACUUUUAGAAAUUUUAGAUUCUGGAAGAUACCCUCUUAGCGACAAGCUGAAACAUUCGUUGGAGUUGGAAAAAAGGGGGAGAGAUUUCUCGGGAAAGUUUCGUUUUUUUUUUUCUCGGGAAAAAGAAAGGAGGGCCGGUUAUAGCAGGCUUUGACGGUUGUCUUUGUUGGCCAUUUGUCUUGUAAUUUAAUUUCCUUCUGUUCUCACCGCUUCUCCCUCGUGAUCCCUCGCUCCUCGUUUCUCUUCCCUUUCUCUCUGGUUAAUUUUCUUCGAAGCUUCGCCCUAUAUUUCAGAUUUACUGGAUCAGUUUCGAAGAUUCUAACCUUUGAACGAUCCAACGAAGCUGUUUUCGGAUCCUCCGAUUCGCUUUUGUCGGCAAUUUCUUUGUGCAUUUGAAGAAAUCCAACGGGAAUCGAUACACGCAGGACCGCGAUUUCUAGGUUUCGUUUUGUUUUUGUCUCCCAUGAAGAGGCGAUGAGGUUCGCCGGAGAGAAAUGGAGAUUAGAUCGGAGAGUAGUAAUCACUCGCGGAGCGACAAGGGUACGGCUUCGGCUCCGACAAUACCCAAGCCUCGCUUGCAAGUUUGGUUCGUGAGGGUCUGCUUUAGCAUUUUGGUAUGGACUUGCUUGGUUCAGCUCUUCGCGGCCGGCGAGCUCUGGCAUUCUCGGAUCUUCACCGGUCUUAGCAAUCAGAUUUCCAGAUUUUCCCGCCCAAUCGAGCCGGUCCGAUCGCCGCCUCCUCUCCCUCCUGCAAGAAAUUAUACAAGCAACGGUUUUCUUCGAGUAUCCUGUAAUGGUGGAUUGAAUCAAAUGCGAGCUGCGAUUUGUGACAUGGUGGCAGUUGCGCGAUUAUUGAACUUAACUCUUGUUGUUCCAGAGCUAGAUAAGGCAUCUUUCUGGGCUGAUCCAAGUGAUUUCGAGGAUAUUUUCGAUGUGAGACAUUUCAUUGAUUCGUUAAGAGAUGAAGUUCGGAUGGUUAGGAGGCUGCCGAAGCGGUAUGGCAGGAAAUUUGGAUACCGACCAUUUGAAAUGCCGCCUGUGAGCUGGUCUGAUGACAAAUAUUACUUGCAGCAGGUCCUACCCCUUUUCAGCAAACAUAAAGUUGUGCACUUCAACAGGACGGAUGCCCGGUUGGCGAACAAUGGUCUUCCCCUUGAGCUCCAGAGGCUCAGGUGCCGGGUGAACUUCCAGGGACUGAAAUUCACACCGCGGAUUGAGGCAUUGGGAUCUAAGCUGGUCAGCGUUCUCCAACAAAGGGGACCAUUUGUAGCUUUGCAUCUGAGAUACGAGAUGGACAUGUUGGCUUUCUCGGGCUGCACUCAUGGCUGCACUGAGGAAGAGGCUGAAGAACUAAAAAAAAUGAGGUAUGCAUAUCCAUGGUGGAGAGAAAAAGAGAUAGUUUCAGAGGAGAGGAGAGCGCAAGGGCUGUGUCCUUUGACUCCAGAGGAAGCAGCUUUGGCUCUCAAAGCAUUGGGUUUCCAAAAGGAUAUCCAAAUCUACAUUGCAGCUGGCGAAAUUUACGGGAGUGAGAGGAGAUUGGCCGUUCUAAGGGAAGCAUUUCCGAGAAUUGUGAAAAAGGAAAUGCUUUUAGGGCCAGCAGAGUUGCAACAGUUUCAGAACCAUUCAUCCCAAAUGGCCGCCCUGGAUUUCAUUGUAUCGGUGGCUAGUAAUACGUUUAUUCCAACGUACUAUGGGAACAUGGCAAAACUCGUGGAAGGUCAUCGAAGAUAUCUCGGCUUCAAGAAGACGAUCCUCCUUGACCGCAAGAGGCUCGUGGGGCUUAUAGAUUUGCAUCAGAACAAGACUCUCUCAUGGGAUCAGUUUGCAGAAGCUGUAAGGGAAGCCCACGAGGGACGGAUGGGAGAACCAACACAUCGGAGAGUAAUAUCCGACAAACCCAAGGAGGAAGACUACUUCUAUGCCAACCCUCAAGAAUGCCUCUGUGAAGGCACAACUUGCCAUGAUUUGUUUGGAAGUCAGGCCAAUUCCAGUUUGUGACAGUGAAAAUCCAGUUUUCUGCAUACUAAUCGGAGCGUUGCUUCCAUAAGAGGAGGCUAUAUAGCGGUAUUGCCAAAACACUAGAGAGGGAUCUUCUCUCUGAGUUUUUUUUUUCUUUCUUUGUUCAUAAAUUUCUUCAGUUUUCCUUGGUCUUGAUUAUCAUUUCCUACAUAAGUUAAAUAGAUGUAACCCAAGAAAGAGGCUGUCUUUCAACAAUGGCCUAAGUAACAGAUUGUAACAG